CGCGUUAUUCAUGGCGCGGGGCGGGCUGGCGACCGCGGCACUAUAUAGGGCGGACGGACAGCACGGGAGACAGCUGGGUGUGGAGUGGCGGAGAGUGGAGCAGGGGAGAGCGGCUGGCAGGCGGCACGGGGAAUAAAACGAAGGAAACCUCGCUUUUUCUUUCACCCCAUCUCUAUUUUUCCCUUCUCGGUACUUUCUCCUUCUUUUCUGAAACGUUUUUGGACUAAGUUUUCUUCAGACCGUCUGGGCUUGGCUUUUUUUUUCUUUUAACUUUUGCAAAGAGUUGUUUUUUUUUUUUUUUUCCUGAGUGUUGUGUGUGGCAAAAAAAGAAAAAAGUUACUGUCGAGCCAAGUAAUUCAGGCGCUCUGCAGGGAGGAGAGGGGAGAAGAGAAGGAAAAAGGUUGCCUUUGUUGCUAGCGGGCUUUUGCUGCCUUGAUGUGACUGCGGGCAAGCGACUGCAGAAGGCCGGAGCGCGAGUGCCGGCAGCGCGGCUUCCCGCCUCCUCGCGCCGCAGGCUUGCGAGCAGCGGGCAGCUCCGCUCCCCGCAGCCCCCUCGGAGGCGGCUCGGGCUGCGCCGCUCCGCUCGACACCCUCCGCCCGCGGCGGCGUGUGAGCGCCCGCGCGGAGCUCUACCCGUCCUGCGCCCGGCCGGGGUGCGCGGGGGCGGCUCCCGGCGGCCCCCUCCGCCGGUUGCUAUGGUGCCGCGGCCCGGCGUGCUGUGGGCAGUGGCGGCGGCGGCACUGGCGCUGCUGGUCCGGCGGGCGGCGGCGGUGCUGGCGGGGCCGGUGGUCCGCUGCGAGCCUUGCGACUCGCGGGCGCUGCAGCAGUGCAAGCCCCUGCAGCCCGACUGCGCCGAACGGGUGCGGGAGCCGGGCUGCGGCUGCUGCCUCACCUGCGCCCUGCGCCUGGGGCAGCCCUGCGGCAUCUACACGGAGCGCUGCGGCGCGGGGCUCAGUUGCCAGCCGCGGCGGCAAGAGGCGCGGCCGCUGCAGGCGCUGCUCGAGGGCCGCGGGCUCUGCACCAACGCUACGGCGGGCGGCAAACUGCGGGCCUUCCUGCUGCCGGGACCGCAUGCUGCAGGCAAUUUCAGUGAUUCAGAAGAAGACAGGAGUACCAGCAGCAUAGAAAAUCAGGCCAUUGCAAAUUCUCACAGGGUGCCAGAUUCCAAAUUGCAACCACCACACAUCAAAAUAGAUAUAAUCAGGAAAGUGCAAGCCAAAGAUACACAACGCUAUAAAGUGGAAUAUGAUUCGCAGAGUACAGAUACAUUGAAUUUCUCUUCUGAAUCCAAACAAGAGACUGAAUAUGGUCCAUGUCGUAGAGAAAUGGAAGACACUUUAAACCACCUAAAGAUCCUGAAUGUCUUGAGUCCCAGAGGCUUUCAUAUUCCAAAUUGUGACAAGAAGGGAUUCUACAAGAAAAAGCAAUGUCGCCCAUCCAAAGGCCGAAAAAGAGGUUAUUGCUGGUGCGUGGAUAAAUAUGGACAGCCACUUCCUGGGUAUGAUGGGAAGGGAAAAGGAGAUGUCCACUGCUAUAACUUGGAAAGCAAAUGAGGGCUGGGUGCCAGCUCUUCUGGCAUCUGUGCAUGGCCACUGGACCUCACAGAGACCUUGGAGGGGCUGGGCAAACGCUGUGGACUGCACCGUGCAUGGAAUAACAAGCUCUGCCUCCUGCAGCAGAUGGGGAGUCGCAGCCUCUGUGGAUGCUGCUGCAGCUGCACCCUGCCACUGACACACAUUGAGCUUCCUAUGGGAUGUGUAAGGAGCUCUGAAUUCCCAUGUAAACCUGCACUAUUGAUAUCCAGAGAGACAAAAACAAAAGGCACUUCGGAAUGGAUUCAGGGAGUCUCCACUGACUUUUUAUGGUCAGAAUGGCCUGUGACCAAUUUGAUCCCAAAAGAUACUGGGUUUUUUAUUUUAAAGAAUUUAUAGAUGUUAAGCUUGUAAAAAUAUUAAAAAGAAAAACAAAUCCAAACAAAUCCACAAUGAUUUAAAGGUAAAGCUUUUUUUACAGGUCUGAUGGGAAACCUGUCUUCACGGGUAAAAAGUUUUAUAAAAAUCUCAAAGAACUUUUUAAAGAAAUGUAUUUCUAAAAUAAAGACAUAGCUAUUUUUUCUGUAAAAUAUAUUAUGAAUAUUCUGCUAGUUUGUAUUUAAUAUAAUUGUUUUUUAAUAAACCUUAUUUAAAUGUAACAUGUGAAUACCAAAUAUUACACAGUAAUUCUAGUGUAUACAUCUGUGUGCAAAGAGAAAGUAAGGGUAUGGAAUGAUUUACAAAUAUAUAUAAGUCUGUAUGCAUACACACUGACCUGUUCUAGGUAAGAGAAAUGAAUUUGGGAUGCGAAGGAAGUGUUUCCAGAAGGGAUUGAGUUUUGUUAUUUGAUAUAACUACAAAUACCAAGAUAAUAUUUUUUUAAAUUGUUUUAUUGAUAAUUGUAAUGUACCCAUCACUGAAUUAUGCCACUGGAAAGGGUAACAGUCGCACUGAAGCUCUUGGUAAAGCUUUCUUCUGUCUGUCCUUUGCUUCAGUUCAUGCAGCAGGGCUUACAUUUCCUCCAUUUACUGCUCACACUAAUACAGAAUAUUCAUGGACAAAAAAUUGCCAUUACAUUACUACCCUUUGUAUUUGCUUAUUUAUUUUGAAAAGGUGUAUCUAUUCUGUGUUGUCUUGAUGCAUUCUACUAAAGCACAUACUCUGUGUGAGGAACUCCUUUUGAAAACAGUGUUGACAAGAUGGGGGUAUUGUGGACCCUGGGUGUUGAGACCCACAUGUUUCAUUUAUGCUAUACAGAAUUGUUGCUUGUUUUGACUAUGGUAGAAGUCAUUUGCCUGCAUCUAAGCAUAUAAUAAGAACCAUUGGGUUAAAAUAGUUAAACUCACUGUCUGCCAUGGUGUUAUAUGUCUUUUUAAUUGGAAGAGAAGUGAUUUGGUUUUGUUGUGGUAUGUGAUGCUUUCACAUAAGGAGGGCUUUGGCAACUUUUUUUUUUGAGGCUGAUUGUUUAAUGUACUUUGUGAAAAGUUCUGUAUGACAAUGAAGUCUGGAUAAGGAAAGGUGGCCUGUGAAAUGUAUAAUCUCUCUGGAAAAUAAUGCCGUAUUUUGUAUAUGUAUUUAUUUAUAUAUUUUAUAUAAAUAUUUUAUAUAUUUAUAUAAAUAUAUAUAUUCUUAUAUGUGUCACUAUAAAUAUUUGAUGUCACUGUAGAAAAAAGAAGCCAUCAACACUGUAAUUUCUUGUUGGGUUGGGAACUCCAUGAAGACUAAGGACAGUAGGCUUUCAGCCAGGGGUUGAUGGAGGAGAGACUGUGGUGCUGAGGAGCCUGUUCCUCUCCUGCUGCGUGAAUUACAACCAUCCUUGUUCUUGCCAGCAACGGCAAAUAUCGAGAAACUCUGGCAUGGAAAGAUUUGGAUAUGCAGCUUGCCAGGAUUGAGGCAGCCCAUCACCAUAAAUCAGAUGUUUAAAGCCUUACCCUGAAAUGUAUUAGCUGAACAGCACUAUGUGUGUUCUGCACAUCUUUCCAAUUUCUGUCUAAUGAAAUGAGUUCAUAUCAUCAUUAAAACUGAAAUUUUAUAAUCUCACAGUAAGAAAUAAUUGUACUUGAAUUGAUGCUUAUUCCAGGCUAAUACAGAUUUCCUGACACAUGGUUACAGAAAGCUUUGUGAGGUGAAGGUUUAUUGCAAUAUUUUUAUUGCUAAAGCAAAGCUAACGCCUGCAAAGAUUUGUUGGCAAAAUAUUAAAUGCUGGGCUGUUUUUUUGGGGUUUUUUAAGAGUUGUAAACUAGUUAUUUUCAAAUAAUUUCACAGAGAGAACGUUAUAUAUACACCAAUAUUUGGGCACAUAUUCAUAGUUAAGAAAAUAAGGUUUGGAUUCAUUAAAGUGAGUUAUUAUUUUG